GGAGGAGAGAAGUCAGCCUGGCACAGACACUCUGAAAUGAGGGAUUAGAGGCCGGGAUCCGAGGAACAAGAGCUACAGCCAGAAGACAAGGGAGCAGGCCCUGAAGACGCAUCUGCUGAGAGGUCUGCCAUGGCCUCUCUUGGCCUCCAACUUGUGGGCUACAUCCUGGGCCUUCUGGGGCUGUUGGGUACCCUGGUGGCCAUGCUGCUCCCCAGCUGGCGAACAAGCUCUUAUGUCGGUGCCAGCAUCGUGACUGCAGUCGGCUUCUCCAAGGGCCUCUGGAUGGAGUGUGCCACCCACAGCACCGGCAUCACCCAGUGUGACAUCUACAGCACCAUGUUAGGCCUGCCUGCUGACAUCCAGGCUGCCCAGGCCAUGAUGGUGACGUCAAGUGCGAUCUCUUCCUUGGCCUGCAUUGUCUCUGUGGUGGGCAUGAGAUGCACAGUCUUCUGCCAGGAGUCCCGAGCCAAAGACAGAGUGGCGGUGGUGGGUGGAGUCUUCUUCAUCCUUGGAGGCCUCCUGGGCUUCAUCCCUGUUGCCUGGAAUCUUCAUGGGAUCUUGCGGGACUUCUACUCCCCACUGGUGCCUGACAGCAUGAAAUUUGAGAUCGGAGAGGCUCUUUACCUGGGCAUUAUUUCCUCCCUGUUCUCCCUGAUAGCUGGAAUCAUCCUCUGCUUUUCCUGCUCACCCCAGGGAAAUCGCUCCAACUACUACGAUGCCUACCAGGCCCAGCCCCUCGCCACGAGGAGCUCUCCAAGGCCUGGUCCACCACCCAAAGGCAAGAGUGAGUUUAACUCCUACAGCCUGACAGGGUAUGUGUGAAGAACCAGGGGCCAGAGCUGGAGGGGUGGCUGGGUCUGUGAAAACCAGGGGACAGCCUCCCCCAGGGCCACAGGUGAGAGACAUUGCCACUGGAUUAUGUUUGAAGGUGCUGCUGAGGAUAGACUGACUCUGGCCACUGGAGCGAACAAAGGCAGAAACGGGAGCUGGUGUGACGGCGUGCAGGUUGAACUGUCAAGAUGCUUGCCAAGCCAGACUUUCUGUUUCCUUCAUCUUGGCUCCCCAUCCCCCACCCCAAAUCCCCAAGCCUCAACUCUAACCCCCUCACCCUUACCCUGGGCCAGGCCCCAGAGUCUCCCCUUUACCUUUUGAUUUACCUGGGAAUCCAUCCAAAAGCCCACUAAUCACAUCUUGCUGACUGACCCUCUCUGUGAUCAAGGACCCUUCCUCUUGCUGAGGUUGGCUCUUAGCUGGGGAAUGGGGGUGGUUGGGAGGGAGUGAUGGCUUCUGUGGGCAUGGCGCUAACCUCCUUCUCAAGCCUCCCUCCAAAGAAACUGAUUGGCCAGUAAUGUGUCCUGGAGCCUCCUCCAUCCCACUCUUGUUAUGACUCCACAGUGUCUAGACUGGUUUGUGUAUGAACUGAAAUAACGCCAUCCCACAGUACAGAGGAAACAGAGAGCAACUGGGUGUAGGAUGACAGGGAGAGGAAGCAGCCGAAGACCACAAAAAGACCAGAAUCACGGCCCAGGGAUCUAGUCCCCCCCUAAAGGAAAGCACAAGGAAAGAAAAUAUGCUGGAACGCUCAAGGCGGCAGCAGACUCUGACUCUACUGAGAAACUCCCUCAGAAGCUACAGCUCCAACUCUCACUGAAGCCCUUGCCUCCCUCUGAC